UUAUAAACUACACUACCGACUGUUUGCGCUCUCGACUACUGCUGACAUCUUUGCCGAGUUUUGUACAGAAUCAAACUAAAUUAUGUGUAAAUAUAUACACACAGCGAGUGUGUCAGUGAAUCAGCUGAUCGACUUGUUUUACUGUAUAGUAAUCAGCUGAUAAUAAUCAUUAUGGGAGACUUGACAAAUGAAAAUUCAAAUAUCCCUCCAUGUAAAUAUGAAUAUUUGGAUCAUACGGCUGACGUCCAACUUCACGCAUGGGGUGAAACGUUGCAGGAGGCAUUCGAGCAAUGUGGGAUGGCUAUGUUUGGUUACAUGACAGAUCUUGAAACAGUUGAGAUAAAUCAAUCAUAUGACAUUACAGCACAAGCUGACGAUUUACUGGGUUUGUUGUAUCAUUUCCUAGAUGAAUUAUUAUUCAUGUUUUCCGCAGAGCCUUUUCUUAUUGCCAAGAAAGUUAAAAUACUGGAAUUCGACGAAGAAAACUUUAAAAUAACUGCAAGGGCAUUUGGUGAAGAGUUUCAACUGGGAAAGCAUCCCCAGGGUACUGAAGUUAAAGCAAUAACAUAUUCAGCAAUGCAGAUUCAUACUCCUCCAAAAACAGAGCGACCUGAGGUCUUUGUAAUUAUUGAUAUUUAGUCAUAUAAAAAUAAUAAUAAAAAUAAUAAUAUAAUAAUAGAAACAAUAUCACAAUUACAUUGGUCGACAUCAGAAGUCUACAUUGCUCAAAUUUAAUUAUUGUAACUUCUAAAUGAUAUGCGGCAAGAGGCAUCAGGCAUAGUUUUUUUUACAGCUCAUCCUUUUUGUAUUUUAUAACCUGACUACUAAGGCUCGAGUUUUGUAAGGAGGGGUAUACUUUAAAUGUCCGAGGGGAAAGAAAAGAAUUUCAUGGCGAAUGGAGGGAAAAUAAUACGACGCCUUAUUUCUCAGAGCUGUUGGUUCCAAGAUCCCUUUUGUAGUUGUGUGGGGUUCGAAUAAAUACGUUACGAAAAGAACACCGGGCCCCUUUUCCCACUCUGUCUUACCAGACCCAAAUCAACCUCGUCGACAUAUAUGACAGAGCCCUUAUAUAUAAUCCCCAAUUAUUUCCUAAAUUUAUUAUUUACUUUUUUUUCAUCAAUAUAAACAACAACGUCAUCAACUCCUUAGAA